AUGAAAGGACUGAUAUAUCUUCUGUUUCAAGGUGUUCUGCUGUAUGAGACUUUGUCAUGGGAAGUGAAAAUGCCAUCAGAAAUUCAUGGCCUCAAAGGUUCCUGUCUGGUUAUACCGUGCUCUUACUCUUACACUUCAAACCCACCAACUAACCCACGUAGAGUUGUGUGGUAUCAGUGGGUGUCGAAAAGCUACCCUAUAGUUUGUGAUCCCUGGAAUCCAGGCAAAGUUAUUGACAAGUUCAGAGGAAAAACUGAUAUAUAUAGGCAUAACAACUCAGGUCAAGAUUGUAGUCUGGUGAUCAAAAGCGUGGAUCUUUCCCACAAUGAAGAAAAAAUAUAUACAUGGAUUGACCCAGAAAAUAUUGGAUGGCGCACCUUUAAGUUUUAUGAUAUCACCUCCACGAUUAUUGUUGACACAAAUCCACAGCAGCCCAUCAUUACUAUUUCUGGAGGUUUAAAGACCGGUGACAGCAUUACAGUAGCGUGUUACACCUUACACACCUGUCCAUACAGAAAACCAAACAUCACUAUGAAGGGUAUUGAAGGAUCUGAUAAUGUAGAUGAUGUCCGUAUGGAAAACGGUCAAUGGAAAACCACUCUAACACGCACCGGUGUUGUGAAGGCUGAACACUCAGAUAUUGAGUGUACUGUAACACAUCAUGGAGGCAAAACAGCAAGAGCUACAAAAUCACAAAGUGCAAAAUGUGUCUAUUCUAGUAUAACCAUUGAGCCUAAACUGGCAGCAGAUAUCAUAGAGGGUGUUGCAAAGACCUUCACUUGUACCGUCCAUCAUUCCUGCCUGAAGAAUCCUCCGAUCCUCUCCUGGAACUAUGAGAACAUGCCGGUCAAAGAUGGAAAGAAACAACUUACAGGGUUCGAAUGGGCCACCUUUUCCACCAUAACCUUUUUGGGGGCAAAGAAAGAUGAUGGGAUGGAAUUAAUCUGCACUACCAAUUUUUCUGGACAGAUAAUCACAGCAUCUGUCGACAAUGUACAACUUGUUUCCCAGAACACUGAUGGGAUGACCUUUGACUUGAAGACAAUUGGCCUUUACAUUCUAGCCCCUUCAUUUGCCUUUCUUCUCAUUUGCAUAUUUGCUGGAGCCAUCAUAUACAAGAAGUGUAACAGGUCUUCACCUGCUAAUCCACAAGAAUCACAGCUGGAUCGAAGAUCAAAUGGUGCAGUUGUGGCAGACAAGACUUUUUCUAAAGUCCGUAUAUCAUCACCAAAGAGGUAUUGUGCAUUUAAACCCAGCCAGUCUCUAAAACUCUAA